AUGCGAAGCAGGUACUGCUUUUUGUUGUCAAGCACGCCCUGUAAGUACGCUGGGCAGCGUAGUCCGUUCCCUGCCAGCGCAUUAGCGGGCGUAUGUGCCGGAGGGCGGCUCCGCAACGUUACGCGCAACCUUCGGCCGGGGCUCCGUACUUUGCGUGCCUCAGCUGAAACAGAGCAUUCGCAAGGCACCCGCCAAGCACAGUAUGACUUUAUCAUCGUUGGCGCUGGUGCGGCCGGCUGCGUGCUCGCUAACCGCCUAUCAACGGCCCAGUUCAGCAAUGGAGACCGCCGGUAUCCCCGUGUACUCCUGCUGGAAGCAGGUGACGCACUCGCGGAGGCGCCGUACUUCGAGCACAUUCCCCUUGGAUUUCCUCAGCUGAUCGGAAGCCGCCUCGACUAUGGCUUUUUUUCACGCGAGAAUCCUACCCAUUUGGGUGGUCGUGGAGCAGUCUACCUUCCGCGAGGUCGCGGCGAGGGAGGCUCCCAUGCGAUCUCGGUGAUGUUGGUGCAUCGUGGCUCGCGUCACGACUAUGAAACGUGGGUGAAAGAUUACGAGGCUCUCGGAUGGGGGCCGGAUGACGUCCUCCCGUACUUCAAACGGCUGGAAUCGAAUGAAAGAACAGCGCAGCGGGGCGCCGACGGGGAGGCAGCGACGGCGCUGCACGGCUCGGACGGACCGCUCCGAGUGUCGGACCAGCGCUCUCCGAACCCGCUGUCGUUAGCGUUCAUUGAAGCAUGUCUCGAACGCGGUAUCCGGCGCAACAAAGACUUUAAUGAUUGGGACCAUGGUCAAGAGGGCGCCGGUCUCUUCCAGGUCACCCAGCGAGACGGCCGGCGCGAAAGCCCAGCGACUGCCUAUCUGCAACCGGUGCGGUCGCGCCGAAACUUGCACAUUGAGACGAAUGCACUCGCUGAACACCUCGUCUGGUCCAAGGACGGUCGUCGCGUCGAGGGUAUUCGUUUCAUUGAUCGACAUGGGCGCCGACGUGCAGCGCUCGCGCACUGCGAGGUGAUUCUUGCGGCGGGUGCUAUUAACACGCCCCAGUUGCUGAUGCUCUCCGGAUUAGGUCCGGGUGCACAUUUACAAGACUUUGGCAUACCCGUGGUGCGAGACCUUCCCGGGGUAGGCCAGAACCUCCAGGAUCAUGCGGCAGUGAUGCUUUCGUACUACGCCCCGGAUCCUUAUGGUAAGGAUCGGGACAAGAAGCGCAUAUUCUACACCGAGCGCCUAGGAAAAGAUCCACUGGUACUUGCCGAGUACUUUUUGCUAGGAAGAGGGCCCUUGACCUCGCCUGUGUGCGAGGCCGGUGCUUUUGUUCACACGCAGGCGGUGAUCGGCGAGCCCAGCUGUGAUCUGCAGCUUCGCUUUGUGCCGUUUUUCUCCGAUGCAGAUCCGUACAAGAGCCUCGGCGAAUAUCGCAGUGGAGGUCAUGUGCUAACGAAUACCAGCAUUCGUCCAGCAGGUUUUGGUUUGCAGGCUGUUGCGAUCCGCCCGCGGAGUCGUGGUCGGAUCGAGCUUGCGACGAUCGACCCACGAGCACGCCCCAUUAUCCACACUGGAUGGCUAGAGGACAAGCGAGACCUGCAGACCCUGCUCUCGGGACUGAAGCUGGGCCGAGAGAUUCUCUCCGGCGACUCGAUGCGCCCCUAUCGUGGGCGAGAAGCAUUCCCAGAAACGUUAGAGGACGAUCUCGUGACCUACAUCCGCCGCACGUGCCAUACAGCGAAUGCGAUCGUUGGCACGGCACGUAUGGGAACAGGGCGCGAUGCGGUUGUCGACCCUGAGCUUCGUGUCCACGGUGUUGAGCGACUGCGGGUAAUCGAUGCCUCUGUCAUGCCGAAAAUUAUUGGCGGCCAGACGGGGGUUCCGACGAUGAUGAUCGCCGAGCGUGGUGCUGAUUUGGUGAAAAAGACUUGGAAACUGGUGUAA